UCGAGUGCGCGAGUGUACAUUACGCCAUAGUGAAAUUCCGAGAAACGCGUUUAAGCCAGCGCUUUGCCGACGGAGUAUUAUAACGGUAAAACUAAGAAUGUUUAGUGUGUAAUCCGUAGCAAGGACUAUCUUCGCGCUUCGUGUGGGCGUCAAGCCAAAAACCACCGUCACCGCCGCCAUUGCUGUUGUCGGUUGCUCGUCUUGCCGUUGCUGUCAGCUGUCAACUGUCAGCUCAUCAAUAAUUUCUAGGCGUCGAGUCAGCAGGGCAAUUCAUACAAAUCGACAUUAAUGUUGGGUCACUAAUAUAACGGUGCCUAUGCGUAUGUAUGCGCGCGUACUGUGUUGGUGUGCUUUUGCCACCAGCGCACCGUUUGGCGCCUCUUCAAGGCUCUGAGCCACUUCGUCGUCCUUUUUUUCAUCUACAAUUGCAUUUAUGCGUGUGCGUCUGUGUGUGUGUGUGUUUGGAAUGGUGUUAGCCAUAUACACCCUAACGGCGCUAAGCCCACGCACACAUGCCCACUUGGUUUUGCUGCCCCCCGCCCCUCUAACCCCACACACAUGUGUGGCGGCGACUUAAUACAUUUAAUGUGCGCCAAAGUGUGCCGAUAUGCAAAUAUGUGUUGGUGUUUUUGCGGUAACUUGGUCACAGUUUUGCAUUAAUUUACUUUCCGUCAUAAAUCAAACAUUUGCAUUUUAAAACUGACGUCGCCAUUGACAGUCGUUGGGUACGGUUAACGCGGGCUUUUGGACGAUUUCGUUGAAUAAUUAUAAAAGUUAUUUGAUAUGGUCGAAUUACAUACAUAUAUUGGAUAAAUAUAUACAAAUAAAGAAGAAAAAUUAAAAAUUGUAGUAUCAAUAAAAACCAAAAACAAAAAAAAAACAUAUAAUAGAUUUAUAUAAAAAUACGAAAACUAACAGCAAACAAAAAAAAAAAAACAAAAAUGAUGUGUUAAUAAAAUGAAAAAAUACAAGCUUUGUGAUACGUGAGAAUAACUUGUUGGUGUAUUGUGCAAAAAUAUCUAAAAAUAAUACUACGUGCAUAAAAAUUAAGAACAUGAACUACUGUUAACUGUAUCUACACACUUUUGGAUCAACAACGACUUACUUGCAGCCAUCACUAGCAGUCUAGGAUAAUAACUUCUCUAUAAUCAGAGUCCGCGUGGCAUGCAACCGUGUAGUCCAUCGGGCGUUAUUGCAGUGAUGCCGCCAUCGAAGAGUCCCACCAUGGAAACGGCCGCCGGACAGCAAGCAAAUGCUCACCUCAGUGACAGCAGCGCCGCCGAUAAGGAACAAGGCGCGGAGCAACAGCGCGCCGCAACGCCUGUCAGCAGCAACAAUACGACGAAUACAACAAACACCAGCACGAAUCUGCCUAAUGCACGCGCUUGUCCGCUCAAAUUUUCCAUUGCGAAAAUUAUGGAGCCCGAUCAACGCGCCAGCUGCGAAAGUAUCAAUGCGCCCGAAGAUUCCGAACGCUCGUGCAGUCCCAUUGAGGUCGCCAGCGAUGAGUGUGAGUCAGAGCGCGCCGAAUUGCAAUUAUCAAGCGCUAGCAGCCAGCAAUGCGCAAAUGCUGAGAACUAUGAUUCCGCUUUCAAAAAGUAUGUGCCAUCUUCCGCCACCUCGGCCGCGGCUGCUGCUGCCGCCGUCGCCGCCAACACUGUGAACAAUGUUGCCGCUGUGCAGCAGUUUGUUAAUACGCGCCAUCAGGAAUUAAUGUCACAAUAUCCGUUGCUAUAUUAUGCGCCCAAUCAGUUGAUGUGCGCCGCCGCCGCAGCGCAAUAUGCAGCGCUCACUGCCGCGCAGCAACAAACUCUACUUGGUAAUACCGGUGCUGCCGCGCAUUUGAGUAGUUUCACCGCGUCGCUUAACAAUUUUCACACGCAAUCGCUGCGCCGUAAUCUCAGCGCUUCUGGACAUCAUUUAGCCGCCGCUGCAGCAGCAGCAGCUGCCGCGCAGGCACAGGCGCAUCAUGUACACCAUCAAGCGCUUGCCAGCGCACACCCGCAGCUGCAGCAGACGCUGGAAAAACAGCAGCAGCAACAACACCAACAGCAUAAAAUGCGCGACAGCGCUGCUGGCGCAUAUCACAGCAUGAAACGCAAGCAUAACGCGAGCGCUGCAGCUGCCACCGCCGCCGCGCAAUCCGCUACGUCAAUUCAUGAGCACAACUCAUCGCGCGCUUCCUCACCCGCCUCACGUCAUCUACGUUCGCCGUCCCCCAACUCAAUGGAUGACAGUCCUGGCUCUACAUCGGGCAAGCAAAAGACAUUCUCAUGCCUGGAAUGUGGCAAGGUCUUCAACGCGCACUACAAUCUUACGCGCCAUAUGCCGGUGCACACUGGCGCGCGUCCAUUUGUUUGCAAAGUUUGCGGUAAAGGUUUUCGGCAGGCCUCAACGCUUUGUCGCCAUAAAAUCAUACACACCUCCGAGAAGCCGCACAAGUGUCAGACCUGUGGCAAGGCCUUCAAUCGCUCCUCUACGCUGAACACGCACACACGCAUUCACGCCGGCUACAAGCCCUUCGUGUGCGAAUAUUGCGGCAAAGGUUUCCAUCAGAAAGGCAACUACAAGAACCACAAGCUUACGCAUAGCGGCGAAAAGGCGUACAAAUGCAAUAUCUGCAACAAGGCUUUCCACCAAAUCUACAACCUCACCUUUCACAUGCACACACACAACGACAAAAAACCCUACACGUGUAAGGUGUGCGCCAAAGGUUUCUGUCGCAACUUCGACCUGAAGAAACAUAUGCGCAAGUUGCACGAGUUGGGCGGCAGCGAUCUGCUCGACGAUGACUCGCCACCAAGCUAUGAACGCCGACGCGAGUAUACGCGUCGUGAAUAUACGCGCCGCGAAGCGCAUCUCGGCUACCACGCCCACUUACCACACGGUAGCCAAUUGACGCCCGACUCCUCUGCUGGCAGCUUAUCGCCGCCGAUCAAUGUCACUACACCGCCGCUCUCUAGCGGUGGUGGCGGUGAUAGCAGCAACCCCGCUUGGCAUACGCCGCAGUACCAAACGCUAACCAACGCGCACCAGUCAGCAGCUGUAAAUGCAACAACGCCUGCCAGCGCCUACGCACCGCAUCACCUUUUGCCUCAGGUGGCCAGCAGCAGCUUUCGUGCAACCGCCGAAUACUCCAGCAGCUCCGCAUUCAUUCAACUAGCCAGCGCAGCUUCCACGAGCGCCUCCACCAGUGCCGCACAAAUGUUAUCGGCUCACCAGCACCAACAACAACAGGCGCAUCAGCACAACCAACAUCAUCACCAGCACAACCACAACCAAAGUCCGAUGCAUCAUCAUCAUCAGCGUCUGUCGGCGGCUGCUGCCGUCUCCGCCAUGGAUCAGGUGCCCUUCAUAGCGAAAGUGUUUUGACAGCGCUACUAUGCGGACAGUUUGGCCACAACGAGUACGCAGCAUGCCGCCAGCACACUGACCGCUUCCACGAAGAGCAUACUCAUCGACUGACUGCAGUUCGUGGCGGCCGCUGCGGCAGCGACGGCAACAGCAACAGCGACGGCGACAGCGCCAUCAACAGCCAGCUCGAACUUGAUCACAGCACCGUCUUCAACACUCACUGAGCUGGAGUUGGAUGAUGAACUUCUGGUGGACGCUGUGGAUGAAGAUGAGCCGCCGAUGCAGCUACCUACCCUUCCAGCUAUGGAUCAGCUGACGGAGCAAUUCGCGGCGCAUCGCACAACAUUGGGUAGUGCUGUCGAGGCGCUAAAUGGUCUACUUUAAAGCGUGCCUCCGAACUGCUGGUUUCAACAAAAUGGUUUCAUGGCUGCGCGAAGCGGCCGCUAUUUACCAAAAGUGAUCACCGAUUAGUCAAAAGUGUGCAAUAUGCGUUAAGAAUUCGUAAAGCUUUGAAAAAAAUUAAAUAUUCGAAAUAUUUCCUCAGCUUUAACGGUACAAUUUCUUUAACAUUGCACUCUCCAGCACCUUGCCACAUAGCUUUCCAGUGAUUUACCGUUAUUUUUUUUUUGAGCAUAUUCCGUGAAAAAGCACAUGUGCGCAUCCUCAACUUACUUAGAAUGAAUAUAUAGCUUAGGGGUAUUCACGUUGUAAAUAAAAGCGGCUAUAUGUGAUAUACCCAACUUGUAAAUAAGUGUGUUCUUGUAAAUAUGUAUGUAUGUUGCGCCAUAAAUGUUCUUUAAUAAAAUGGUUGAAAAUAUAUACAGUUAGUGGUUUCUACGUAUAUAUGUAUAUGUGUGAAAUACAUAUAUACAAUUGUAAGUAUGUGUUUAGUGCUAAGUAUUUCAAUGUGAAAUUCAACCUCUACACACACAUAUACACAACCUUUUGCGCCCACAAACAGUUCAAUUUUAGGUGUAGUAGUAUUAGUAAAAUUGUAAUUUAUGUUCUAGUUAUAAAUAAUUGAGAUAUAUAACAUUAAGUAAAUAAUAAAUAAAAAUCCGAAUGCUAAAGAUGAAAUAUUAUAUAACAUUAAGGGAAUUAUCGAUUUGAUUUUUAGUCAAUAUACAUAUCGGAAUAUGUAUAUUUAAGCGACAUAGUGCGGUGAAUUGAAUGUGUUUGAAUUGAAAAUAUAAA